CUUUGAUUCAAGUAUGAGCUGCACCAAUUCCUAAUUUUGUGUUUGGGGGCAAUAAAAUAAUUUAAACCAACCCUCAGUUUCCUCAUCUAUAAAAUAGGAAUAUUAGUACCUGCCUCUUGAUGACUGAAAGAAAUAAUUGUGACCUGGGUCACGUGCCCCUCUGUGAUGGGGGGAGGAGUGUGCUGGCCAGCAGCCAUGCAGUCUUUGGGACCAGAGCCCCACACACCUUUGGAGCCAGACUGCAAAGCUGCUUCCUGCGUGGCCCACAGGGAGAUGAGUCUCCACCAUCAAGGGAUCCAGGGCCACUUCCAAGGUUGUUUUAUUCUGAGAAGGUCAUUUAUAAGGACCAUGCUCUUCCUAGCCCCAGCUGGAGCAAGGACAUGAGCCUCCUCUUUGACCAGCUCCUGAGGAAAGGUGCAGACAGCUCCUGGAAACAUUUGCCUUCACAUACAAAUGUAAAACUACUGGAAAGAUCAAAGACUUCAAAACCUUUUUUUCCUCACACAAAGCCUAUAAAAGAACAAAUGUCACAGACCCCACUCUUUCCCAGAAGUUUUGAGGAAGGCCUGAGCUUUGAAUAUGCAAUGUUUCAUAAUCAUGCUGAAGAAAAGAUAUUUGCAUAUUUCAGUGAGAUACUUACUUGCAAGGAGCACGUAGAUUCCUUCGUGGAGGUGCAUUGCCACCAUGAUUACUGCUGCUGUUGGUAUGUCUGCAGUUAGAGCCGGGGGAAUUGCCCUGGCUGCCAAUCUCAACAUCAGCUUUAUUAUAUUUUUUAAGUUUUAUUUAUUUAUUUUGAGAGAGCUAGUAAGCAGGGGAGGGGCAGAGA